AUUCGGCGGUGCUGAUAUUGAAAAGUUUAGGAAACGAUGGUGACAGGACUGCACUCAUGGACUAGACACUAGAGUGUAUAUUUGACACGAUAGUAAUGUAGUGUUUGUGCGGGAUAGCAAUGCUAUGGUAGGGAGACAUUUUCCUAUUCCAAAUUUUUUAAUGUAUCAUUAAAUAAACGAGUCAAAAAUAGUUUUCCAACAUACGCGUUGAACCGAAUGAUGAUGAUACUCACUAUCCGACUACGCUAACACAGCGCUAUGUGCCGGAUAAUGGUGUGACGUGUGACGGUUGCUGAAGUGUACAACACUGCAUGAAAAAAUAGGACCAAAAUAUGGCAGGAACGCUAGCAUGGUCAUGUACCUGUUGCUUGCGGUUGAAAUUCACCCCAGAAGAAAUUGAACAGAGGUAUAAAAGCCAAGAGAUUGAUCAAAAGCUUGAAAAGGAAAGGCAAGAGAAACGACGAGAGGUGAAACUACUCUUACUUGGAGCGGGAGAAAGUGGGAAAUCAACGUUUCUUAAGCAAAUGAGGAUAAUUCAUGGAGUUAAAUUUGAACCUGAACUUAUUAAGGAAUAUCAACAAGUUAUUUACCAGAACAUCAUCAAGGGUAUGAAGGUGCUUGUGGAUGCUCGUGAUAAACUUAACAUUGCUUGGGAAAACCCUAAGAAUUAUGACAUUGGCUACCAGCUCCUUAAAUUCGAAAAUCACAUGAUUCUGGAUACAAGAUUGUUUCUUCACUAUGUUCCAUCCCUCCAAAGCCUGUGGAAAGAUGCAUCUAUUAAACAGGCCUUUGAUCGCCGAAGAGAAUUUCAAUUGAGUGAUUCAGUGCAAUACUUCCUCGACAAUUUGGAAAGGAUUGCUCGAACGGAUUAUGUGCCAACCCAACAAGAUAUUUUGCACUGUAGAAAGGCUACUAAAGGAAUUUCUGAAUUCGUCAUCACAAUCAAUAAUCAAGCAUUUUUAUUCGUCGACGUCGGUGGACAACGAUCACAGCGACAAAAAUGGUACCAAUGUUUCGAUUGUGUUACAUCAAUCAUCUUUCUUGUAUCCUCCUCAGAAUUUGACCAAGUAUUAUUAGAAGACAGACGGACAAACAGACUAGAGGAGUCGAAGAACAUUUUUGAUACAAUUGUGAACAAUUCCAUCUUUGGACAAGUAUCAAUAAUACUGUUUUUAAAUAAAACGGAUUUACUUGCCAAAAAAGUGCAGUCAUUGGAUACGGACGUGCGUUGGUAUUUUCCACAAUUUACGGGAGAUUCACAUUCCAUGAAGGACGUACAGAAAUUCAUCUUAGACAUGUUUACAUCCGUCAAAAGAGAUCACAGAAAGGCUCUCUUUCAUCAUUUCACCACUGCCGUUGAUACGGAAAACAUUAAAGUUGUCUUCAAUGCUGUCAAGGACACAAUACUGAUCCGAAAUUUACAGUCGUUAAUGCUGCAGUAACUAUUUCGAAAUGUUCUAUAUAUCGAUAAAAUUGGUACCAAGUUUUAAGGAUGAAAAUAUUUUCGUGAAUCAUACAGAUAGCAUGCAACUCGCGUAACCACAGCGUAAUUGAAAAUCGUGCCGUACAAAUAACAAAUCAUGUUCCCAACAACUUUUCACGGCCUAAAAUAACAUUAAUAUCAUACAUUCUCAUACUCGCAUCUUAUUAGUGUCCCACAAUAAAUGCGCAUGCACUUCACGCGUCGAUCAUUACUCGCAAUUAGCGCCGCACAGAAAAAAUGAAAAUAGAAGGAAAAAAAUAAUGAAAUACUGCCUGAAGAUAACAUUAACCUUAUUGAAUACGUACAUAUACUUCUAUACAAGUAUAUUGUUUUAUAAGAUAUUCUUCCAUCACAUUUUGAUAAACGUAUUGAUCAAUGGUCUUUGUAAAAAGUCUAAGCUACAACAUAGCGUGUAUAUAGUUAUUCGUAUCGUCAAUAAUUUUAAUCGUGAUAAGUUCAUGUAUAUUUAUGUAGUAUAUGUCAAAUUGCAAACGUUCGUGGCUUAGAUUUUUGUAUAUUGUACAGAUAUUCGAAUCAUCGCUCCCUACGUUACUAUUAUUAAGCUUACCAUUAUCGUUACUAUUAUUAACUGUUUCUAUUUUCGGAAUGUUAGCAAUCAUUAUUAUUAUUAUUAUUAUUAUUAUUAUCAUUAUGAUAAUGAUGAUGAUCAACAUUAUUACAUGUAAAGAAGGGCUGCCAUAUAGCCGUCUGUCACUAACGAGUAAUUUAUUUUUCAUUUUGCGUAAAAUUAGAGAGUUUGAUUAAUAACAAAUACGUUGAAUAACUAUGAAGCCAAAUAUUAGAUCCAUGCCAUACAAACCAAAUGAACCUAACCAGUUUGUGUUCGAAUCGCUGUUAUCGAAAUCGAUUUUUAACAAUUUCCGUUGCCAACUAAUUUAUUCUUGUUUGUAUCGAGGUAUGUCAAUUUUAUUUCCUUUAUACAUAUUUUCGCAUUUGAAACAUUAUUUUGAUUUUCGUCAUUUUUCUUUGGAACUUUUCAAUUGGAAAUAAACAACUAUAAUUUGUUGAAUUGACGUUUUGACCAAAUGUGUGUAUCGCACAACGACAGCUACUGCUUUUAUUUAUUCAAUACUCUGCGUAUAUUUAUAGAGUUCCUAAGAAUGUGCUCAUUAGUAUUCGCAUUUCUGAUUCAAUUGGCAAACGUUCAAACAUAAUUGGUAUGCCAUUGCGAUUUCUAUGAAACCUGUCGCCAUAAAGCUCUUUACACAGAUAGAGCAGGUACUAUGAUUAUAGCAUUCAAACUUAUAGGAUAUAGGAUAUCUGAUAGAUGAUCAAUAAUAUAAUCGGAACAAAUAUUUUACAAAUCUUUCAGUACCAAUAAUACAAUUAUGUACAAAUGACCGAUCUUUUUCACAUCAAGUUAGCUUGCAUUUGAUAACGACAGCAAAGUUAUUGAUAUGAUGGGCCAAAUUUUCGUGAGAUUUAAAGAAAACUGCUUUGCUUGUAUUAUAAUCACGUGGCUUUUUCUUCGAUAGUAAAAUAAUGUGUGAUUGCAAAUCUUAUUAGGUUCUACAUUCCUACGGAGCCAGUGAGGCCCUAAUCAAUGAAAUAAUUUGUCGUAUUUUUUAAUAUUUUUGACUCCUGUGGAUAAAUUUUUAAGUGGCAAGCGUGAUAUUACAGCAAAUGCAUUGAAAGUUUGUCAAGUGCUGAUCAAUGUUUUGCAUAGCGAUUCAAUUGGCCACAUUUAUAUGAUGAAAUGAGCGACACGUAAAAAUGAAGUGAAUAAAUAGAUUCAAAAGAAAGAGAAAAUUAAUAUUAAAUAUUUUGAAAAGUAUACUCUGAUUAAUUUAAUCUUGAGACAAUUUAUGCAACCCUUGAAUAGUUAUGCCUAGUUACAUAUAUAUAUAAAUAUAACAUGUAUUUAUAAUUUAUACGUAUACAAUUGAUACCUUAUACAUAUAUACGUUCAUAGUGUACUGUGCAAAGUACGCAUUUAGAAAAUUUUUACAUGAUUAGAAUAAGGACAUCUAACAACUAUUUGUACACACAUCAGGACUAUAAGAAUAAUUGUAUAUUGUUGUACUGUAUAUAAGUAAAUAAACUGUUGUAUAAUAUGAGCUAUAUUUACAACAAAGAAGUA